AUGGUGCGCCUUUGCCCUGGUCUGUCCAUGGUCACCGGUGCUUACCUAGUGCUUGGGUACCACAGAUACUUGGUCUUGGUACCUGUUGUUGGUGUGGUUGCUCAUGUUCUGCCUAGUUGGCCCAGCUGGGCACUGCUGUGCCUCAUCUCGUCGAGUCCAAGUAAUAAAACCAUCCUCCCCGUUCGUGUGUUUCUACCCUUUUACCUCGUUCCUCACCUCUUCUUAUUUUGCUUCCCCACGAGCUUCUACCUCUUGCCUUUUCUUAGCUUACCUGCCAGUCCCUCGUUAAUCGGCAUAGCUUUUCAUUAUUUCCACACUCUCACUCCUCCUCAAGCCACUUCCAGCUUCCAGCUCCUUUAA